AUGCGCCCCAUCCUCCCGAAUAUGGUUGAGCUGCCAGACGAUGAUUGUGUCGAGGUAGUUGGGAUUAUCCGAAACAGCUCCCAAUCCAAAGCUACCCACGUCCAUCUCUUUCCCAAGUCAGGGGAAAACGAACCCAAAUGCUGCAUUCGGAUAGAGAGCUCAACCAGGCAAGUUGUCAGCACUAAAUGUGCGGAUUUCGGUCACAGUGUCGACUCCAACGUCGCCAAACUUGAGGGUGCCCUAGUGUCAAAUUAUACAGGUGUGGAUAUUAGCCCUAUUUUCGAAAACGAUAUGGCUGAGUUUGGUAACGACAUCUCGCAUGACUGCACUGUCGACGACCUGGCGAUUUCCUACAACAAGUCUAUCGAAUCGACAUACUCCAACGGCGGCCGAUCUUCCACAAGCCAUCCUCGAAUUAUACGAAUGACCGCCAACAUCACCCACAAAACUGUCCCUAAUUCCCACCGUCCAAUUAUACGUCAUGUUUUGGACGUGCUUGCUGGGGACAACUCGAGCAUUCUUGUUGCAGAUAGCGAGAAUGUUUACAAGAACCUCAUUGGUCGACUUACUUUACACCGGAUCGAAAUGAGCUUGUUGGCUGCUCUUGACCCGGACAUUGAAAAAGUGCAUCAAAUAGGACCGCUUGAUUUUGAUACUUUGAAAUCCCUUGAUCAUUCCAAGGCAGAGAGCUACAAGUGGCCGGGAAUUUAUCUCCAUGUCAUCUACGACGAAGAACAUUACGGAACAUUCUGGCUAUACGUUGGCGCAGGAAUGGAUGUCAAAAGCCGGAUUGCCCAACAUUACAAGUUCAGAUAUACCCCAAGCCGGAGAUGUCUACAUUAUCACAUGUGGAAUAUGCCCGGCCAAAAAGACUUCUUUGUUCUCCUAGGGGAUUUUAAGGGCAUGGCAUUUGAUUAUGGCGAUCAGUCCGCGAUGAAUAACCUCUUCGAAGAGUGGAGUUGCCUCAUAUGGCAAACAUUACCUUCAUCUCUUUUAUCAGUGGCACUUCCUCAAGGCUUUAGAAUAUGCGAGGCCAAUAUCCAUCUUAACCGGGCCUCUCCUCUUCGACAAAAGUAUAACCGCAAGGCAGUUACCGAGGGUAAUUUCGAGACUGCUCUAGAACUCCGUCUAGGUGCUAAAGAUCUAUUGAUGUCGCAUGAUCCCGAUAUCCGGGCUUAUUUUGAGCGGCGAGGAGGUUACUACGAUCUGCCAAUGUGA